UGUCCGUCUCAAGAAUAUCAUCGAUCUGGUGAGAGUAGUUUGAAAAAUAAAAAGUCAACUAAUACCAAGUCAAUAUCACUCUUGAGUUUUCUUCAAAACCCAAACCUGCAAAUCAUCACACAAAUCUCACUCAUUUUCUUCAAAUUUAAUCCAUGGCUACCUCCGACCUCAAGAAAAUACAGAUUCAACGAGAAGACAUCACAUUUGAUGCAUAUGUGGUUGGCAAAGACGACGCUCCUGGAAUUGUCGUGAUUCAGGAGUGGUGGGGAGUUGAUUUUGAGAUCAAGAACCACGCCUUUAAAAUUUCCCAACUCGGCUACAAAGCACUUAUUCCUGAUUUGUACCAUGGAAAGGUUGGUCUUGAUGCUGCAGAAGCACAACAUUUGAUGGACGGUCUUGACUGGCCAGGUUCUGUGAAGGAUAUCCAGGCUUCCGUUAACUGGCUCAAGGCCAAUGGCUCACAAAAGGUUGGUGUGACUGGAUAUUGUAUGGGUGGUGCUCUUACUAUUGCAAGUUCUGUAUUAAUCUCCGGGAUUGAUGCUGGUGUAGCAUUCUAUGGAGUUCCUCCUCCACAGCUUGCAGAUCCUGCCGAAGCUAAAGUACCUAUACAAGCUCAUUUUGGAGAACUUGACAAUAUCGUUGGAUUUUCAGAUAUUAAGGCUGCUAAAGCUUUGGAGGAGAAACUGAAGGCAUCGGGGACGCCAUACGAGGUACAUGUAUACCCUGGAGUGACACAUGCAUUUAUGAACACUUCCGUAGAAGGCAACGCGAGGAGAAAAGGUAUGGGAAUGAUAGAUGACAACGAGGCUGCUGCUGACUUGGCAUGGUCUCGUUUCCAGUCUUGGAUGAACCGUUACUUGUCAGCCUGAAUCUGAAUCACAAACAAGGUGUGUAACUAUCAAACAAUGGCCAGGUUAUAACAAAACUGAAAAAGAACCUGAGUUAUCCCAAAAUGGUGUGUAUAUUAUUUGUAAAAUAGUUUCUAUUGUCAAGUUGGUUGUUAAUGUUGAGAUCUUUUUUCUUGUAUCUAAUUACUUUGAAGAGUUUUCAGUUGUUUCAA